AUUCCAACAAGAAGACUUGCUUUUGCUCAAGAUCACUCUCUUUCGGCUUUAUCGAAAACUCGCUUUACUUUUUAAGACAUUGGUUAUCAUCCCAUCCUAGACAGCACACAUUUAUAUCUCCAAUUAGACUUGCUCUCUCCUUCUCCCUUUUACUGUAAUUUUACACCUUGUAUAAAUUCUUAUUACAUCACAGAUAAUAAACAAUGGAUGCCCAAGAAAAACUAGAGGCAAUGUUUUGCCCAAGACUUGACUCAGCCCUGGUCGCUUCGAUUUACCAUGAUCUACAAGACUUUAAGGCUUGUAUACCAAUCCUUUCUGAGCUUGCUAAAGCAACGCCCACAGCUGCAGACACAACUACCACAACUAUAGCUACCACACCUGCUACUACUAUUCUUAGCUCUUCAAACAAAAGCUUGACCACAACACCAACUAGCUCUAAAAAAACCAAGAAUACCACUAUUAACAAUGUUAGCAACAAAGUCAACUCCAAUAUCGACCACACUUCUAAAUCGUCAGCUAAUAACAGAGAUAUUUUGGUGUGGAGUGAAAAAGUUGCAAUUUCCAACUCUAGCGCGUCUAUGCCUCGCUCCAGCGGCUUAAAUCGUAAGCAAGGACAGGUGACUAGUUCGUCCUUCCAACGCCCAACCUCAUCCAUCGUCACAACAACCAGCCUAGACAAUACCCAGUCAUCCAGUGGAGACGCUGCUGGGACAUCCAAUGGAGCCUUCAGAGCGCGGCGAAACCCAAACUACAUGAAGAACCAUGGUCUUGCGGUGGACCCACCUGAAGAUGGUACUAAUGAAUCUUUUGAGCCUGGCGGACAAAUAGAGUUUGCAACAAGUGAUGCAGACAGUGAUCAGCCAUUGGAUGAUCAGAACUCUCAGGAAAAUGCCCCAAAUUUCCAAAAGCAGAACAAAAAGAAGACCAAAAAGGGCAAGAAGCAGAAAUCGAGCGCCGAUUCAGAGACACAGGGGCAGACAUCAACCUUCAAAUCGCAGCAAUUCAUUGAUAAGAAGGCAUGGAAGGGAUUGUCAGUGAAGCCUGUUGAAGACCAUUUUGCUGAUAUCAAUCUUAAUGAUAGCUUACCUGAAGAAAAGGAUCAGCUCCAGAGUCUGAGCGAUUUUGAGGACAUAGAGGAUGAAAUUGCUUCCAGUGGCUCUUCUCACGAAACUUCAACAACAGCAGAGUCGGGUUGUUCCAGUGAUGUAAAGAUAGAGGAGCUCGAAUUUUUGAGAAGCUGUUUCCCAGAUCAGGAACAUUCGGAUGAGUACCUCGCACAGAUCUUGAAAGAGAGUAACAGAGACUUGGAAACGGCUGUCGAAAUGAUUUUGAGCCAUAUAUUUUUGGAAAAUGAACAAGUGGAGACCUCCUCUUCCGGAUCUGGAUCACUCCGCUCAGCAGAAUCUCAAGCUAGCAGUUCAACCAUCUCCACUCUCGAUGAUGCAUUCUUCGAAGGCGCUCCUACAAAUUCGAAAAAGAAAUCAAAACGCACAAAUUCUGGAGGUAAUCAAGCAGCAGCAUGGGGCGCAUCUCGUUACCAGCAACGAGCUCGAAAUGGACAUAGUAAUGCGUUGCUGGAUGCAAUCGACCAUCAGGAUGAAUUUUUGAUCCCAGAGAGCAAUGAUUGGGCAACAUUUGAACAUCAGAUCUCGAUUUUGAUGAACAUUUUCCAUACAGUUCCUCAAAAGACUAUCGUUUCUGAAUUCCAUGCCAACGGAACGCAGCUUUUCAAGACGGUUGAAAGUCUUGAGAGACGGCUCAAACAGGAAAAUCAUUUUGAAUCGGCUCAAAGAAGAGCUCGACAGAGUCAAUUUGAUGUGAAUUUGGCACAAUUGAUGGAGAUGUUUCCGGAUCAUAGUGCAACGGGUCUUAAGAAGCUGUUGGUGUACAGUGGAGGUGAUUUGCAGGAUGCAAUGAAUGCAGUUCUGGCAGCAGAUAUCGCUCACGCGGACCGAAAGGAACAACAGCAAUCAUUAUCAUCACCCUCUUCCUCGUCCAAACGUGGAAAUAUGAUUCCGUUCCAGGCAGACAUUCGAUUCGCGGAUAAAAACUAUACACCAGCGCCUACCAGUAAUGGCAACCGCCUGAAGAGUCUGCCAUCAACUAGCAAUCCUUUUCCAGGAGGUGCUCGGCCAUUUCCAAACACAAUUUUGGAUAAAUCCAACAGUGAACUCUAUAAUGAUGACGAUGAUCCAAUGUGGUGUCGUCAGCGUGCUCAUGAACUUUUAGAACAAAGAAAUGAGCUGUUCAGGAAGGCUGCAAAGGCAUAUCAGAGUACAAAAGGAAAAGGCGCAGGGAUGAGUGGUAUUGCUGCUUACUAUGCAGACGAAGGCAAAAAGCUGGAUGCUCAAGGAAAGCAAUGGCAUAUGCGUGCUGCCCGUGCAGUUGUUCAGCAACAUCGACGGGUAAGCAAUGACCCCAACUUGGUGGACCUUCAUGGAUUGACCACUGCAGAGGCACAAACAGUUGUCAAAGAGGCAGUGACACAAUGGUUUGCGCGUGCAACGAUGCAGGCAUCUCGAAUUGCGGCCAAACCGCUCAAGAUUGUCUGUGGUAUCGGUUCCCACUCCAAAGACAAGAUUGCACGUCUGUAUCCAAGUGUGUUGAGCCUACUAAUGAAAGAUGGCUGGCGGUGCGAGGCCGAAAACGGUGUAAUUCUGGUUAAAGGGGUUUCACGCUUGACACCAUCACCCGCUUCAAAGGUGAAGAGGUAGUCAUGAGGAAACUAAUGCCUAUUUAUUAUUAUUAUUUUUUUUCACCGGCUUCUAUUGAUACCCAUCAUCAUUUCAUCUGCAUUCUGUAUAAUAGUCGAUCAACAUCUUUUUUUUUUCUUUGUGGUAUUAGAUGCAAUGAUGGCGUGUGUUUUUAGUUUUUUUCCUUUUUUUUGUAAAAUACAGUCUUUUAAAAGUUUACUAGGGGUAAUGGCGGGAACUACAAGAUAAAAUAAAGACGAGUGUAAG